AUGUCGCAAGAACCAGUAGACGAAGACGUGAAGCCAAAGCUCAAUUUGAACAUCUCUUAUGAUGGCUCUCAAAUCACCGUAAAAGUCAAGGCGAAUAUGAAGUUUGCAAAGAUAUUCGAGGCGGCGGAGAAACGAUUUCAGAAAGAACCAGGAACCUUCAAAUUCACGUACGACGGCAAUAGGAUAAACAAAGAGGAUACGCCUGCUUCGCUGGGCAUGGAGGAUGGGGAUCAGGUAGAUGCGCAUCUUGGGCAGGUCGGAGGAGGAGGGUGGGUGAGGGGAAUCCGAAGGAGGAUACCGUGA